ACUGACCCACACUUUUCACCUUUCAAAUAUUCCCUCUCCCUACCCAAGUACACACAUAAAUACACAUUUCUGAUUCUUAUUCAUUCUGCAACUUGAAAUCUCAUUCAGAAGAGAAGUUCCCUCUUUUUCUCUUCGCCUUAAUCAUGGCUCCUGAAUUAGAGAAACCUCGAGUUACUGAAAUAUAUGUCCGAAUGGACUGUAAUGGAUGUGUGCAGAAGAUCAAGAAAGCUUUGAGUGGCAUUAAUGGCAUAUAUGACACGCAUAUUGAUUUCCCUAAACAAAAGGUGACAAUAAUAGGAUGGGCUGAACCUGAUAAGAUCGUCAAAGCUAUAAAGAAGACCAAGAAAAUUGCUACCGUUUGCAGCCACACCGAACCUACAGAGUCUACUCAACCCCCUACAGAACCACCUCCCCCUGAAGCUGCUGCAGCUCCUGAUGCAACAACCUCUCCUACAGAACCUCCACCAGCCGAAAACUCACCACCACCAGAGUCUCCGAAUGACCCACCACCUCCUGAAAACCCAACUCCACCAGAGAACAAGAUGCCUGAGACGCCAACACCACCAGAGAACAAGAUGCCUGAGACGCCAACACCACCACCACCGACACUAGAGAACCCACCCCAACCUAAGGAUUUGGAACAAAUUCAUGUUAUACACAACUACCAUCCACAAGAUAACAGAUAUGGGUACAGUAGCUUUCGGAAUGAUCAGCAGAUUGAUCAUGGACACAGGCAAAGUUACCCUCAUGAACUCAGAACAAACCAACCCAUGUAUGCCACUCAUAGCUACAACAACCAUACACCUUCACCAUACGUCCCUAGGUACUACUACCAGAGUGCCCGUUCACCUCCACAACCCACAGAUUAUAGAAUGGACGAACACUAUAAUGGAGAGUAUCGAAACUAUGACAGUGUCAACAGUAAUGGGAGUACUAUUACUUCAAUAUUUAGCGACGAAAAUCCUAAUGCAUGUACAAUCGUCUAGAUUGCAAGGAGGGAUGAGUGUGUAAAAAGGGAUUCUCUUUCUUUUGCCGCUAAAAGAGAAUCUUAAUUAGCCAGAUAUAAAAAGACACGACUAGAGUACCGAAAGGUAGCAAUUAUGAAAUGACCUGUAUGUAACGAAUAAGACAACAUGGAUACCAUCUGGUGUUCAUCUCGUAUGAAAGAAUAAUGCAGUAUAUAUAUAUUCAUGAACUAUGUUCUAGUGUUC